AUGACCAAAACUAUUGAAGAUGCCUACAGUAACUACAGUUUGGUAGAAGAAUCCUCUAAUGAGGCUUUGAAGGAAAGGAUAAGUCAAAAAGCGAGAGAUCUCCUUCCGCGGUACAUGGAGCCUGUUCCCCUUAAUUUUGCAGUCCACAACUACGAAAGCCUGAUGGAGACAUCGUACGAUGCCGGCACGGGUAUCAGUUUGACUAAUGUUGCACUGCAGGCGUUCAAAGAUGCCAAAGAAUCCUUAAGAGGCGGACUUGGCUCUAAGAUCGACAUCAUCGUCGUCAAGGGCAAGCUACCGCAAGCUCAUGUCGGUCUUCUGUUAGAGGCCAAUAUUGAAGUUCAUAACACUAUCUACGGAAGCAAAAAGAGCAAAAAGUCACAAAUAACAGAUUCUCGUGGCAUUUGCUUCGCCAUGUUGCCGAACACAGGGGAUGGCAGUAUCUGGCACAGAUUGAGCUACCGCAGCAACAACAACAGGGGCUUUUGUAACUGUGUUGAACUGCCUACCAGUAUCUCACGACGUCCUAUCACUGGAGAAUUCGUGCGUAGAAUAUUGCUCGGCUCAGUGGAUUCAACUGCUAUGUAG